UUUGCGCCGUCGGAUCGCAGCGGUGCCGUACGGGUACGCACUUUUGUUAAAGCCUUUGUUCCUGCCGCGAGGCGCAAAUCUCCACUGCGCCCUCGAUCGAUCGCUAUUGGGGUUUUGGAUCGAUGCGUCCUCGGCUGUGAAAUUUCGGCGCCGGAUCGUCGUGCUGUCCCGCGCGAUGUGCACGACAGGGGUUUUGGAUCUACAUUUUCUUGGAGGAGCAAGAUUUUGAUCCCUUGCGCGCCGGAGGUAAGCGCCGAGACGAUCUCCCGGAGCUAGAGAUCGGGAGAUUGUCCCUUCUUCCUAUUCUUCCUUUCCCCUUGCUCUUCCUGGCGGGGGAGCAGUGUGAUUCUCUUCUCGACUAUCGCUCCAUCUGGAGCUGGAGCCAUGAGAAGGAACAAGGCCGGGGCAUCCAUCACGUUGCAUCCGCAGCACCACAAGGAUUCUAGGGACAGGGAAAUCGCCGCGAUUUGGAGGCCGACGAGCCUACGCAUGAAGCGAGGCGUGAGCGGCGCCCACAGGGGCCCGACCACUCCGGUUCCCAGCUGGAAGCUCUACGAGAAUCCUUUCUACAGCAAUGUGAUCCAAGCCGGGGCCAGUGUCUCCGCCAGGAAGCUCGCGGCCAGCUUGUGGGAGCUCCAGGAGAUCCCAUUGCCCAGAUCGCCGGCGGCAUCGCCAGACUCCGCCGCCACAAGCAGCCCACCAGCGGCGCCGCCCAGAAGCUCUGCGGAAUCUCCAAAGUCGAGUCUCUCGCUGCCACCACCUCCGGCAAAGAGGAAAUCCUCUCCAGCGAUUUCGUCCACGGCUAGCGCUCUGGAGGAAGCUGCCAAGUCUACAGAUGGAAAUGGAAAAAUUGCGCACACGAACAGGCAGCUGGCCGCAAUGCAGUCUCACAUCAACAGAUGCUUGGACAAGCAAGCGACUGCGGUUAAGAGUUCCAUCGCCAAAAGCAACAGCAACAAUGCGAGCGACUCGGCGUCACAAGCAUCUCCAGAGACGAAAAUUGUUGCCAGCCCCGACGGUUUUUCAGCAUCCCCCGAGCUUCUUGAGCGGUUACACGCCUUGGAAGAUCAGCACAGCGGUGCGGCUCUGGCCAGUGUGUUAAGGACGGAACUUGAUGUCGCACGUAGCAAAGUCAAGGAGCUAGAGGGAGCGAACAAAUUGGCUCGCAAGGAGAUCGAGGCUUUGCUCAAGAAGAUAGCGGACGACAAAGCGGGCUCUUUUGGGAAGGAGCAGGACAGGGUGAAGCAGGCUUUGCUGUCUGUCAGGGACGAGGCCGAUGAAGAGCGCAAGUCGAAACGCAGGAUGGAGCUGGCUAACAAGAAGCUGUCGAGAGAGCUCGGCGAAGCAAAGAUGGCGCUCUCGAAGGUACUCCAGGAGCUCGAGAAGGAACGCAAAGCAAGGGAGCUUAUGGAGGAUGUGUGCGACGAGCUGGCUCGAGAGAUAGGCGAAGACAAGGCAGAAGUUGAAGAGCUCAAGCGCGAGUCGCUGAGAAUAAGGCAGGAAGUGGAAGAAGAGCGCCGAAUGCUACACAUGGCCGAGGCGUGGCGCGAGGAGCGCGUCCAUAUGAAGCUGGCCGAGGCGAGAGACGAGAUCCAGGAGAAGCUGGACUUGGUGGAGAAGAUCAAAGGCAAGCUGGAGGAGUUUCUGAGAGUGAGGAGGAGAGUCCUGGACGACGGCGACUACGCAAGCCAGCAAGCGGAUAUCAGGGACGGGGAGAUGCUGCGCGCUUCGGUCGACAGCUUGCUCUCGCAGGAGCGCGAGAGCCUCAAGCAGCAGUCCGAGACGAGGAGGAGCGAGGAGGUGGAGUCACUGGACGACGAUCUCCACUCGAUAGACCUCACCAAAGACGCAGCCUCGGCCAAGGAGCGAAGGCUGGCCGAGUGGCACAGGCUCAAGACUGACAGGAGAAUCUACUGCUCCCCGGAGAGCCGCGGUGAGAUUGGCGACGAUGGUGGCAGCGGCAGUAGCAGAAGCACCAGCGGCAGCGGCAGCAGCAGCAUCAGCACCGACGGCGAGAGUGGAAGAAGCAGCUUUUCCCGAGCAAAGAAAGGACCGCCGGCAAAGGUGAUAGCCAUCGCUCCUCCCGCAAACGGCGGGUCUGGGAGCCUGGGGAGCCUCACCACCAAGUCGAUCGGGAGCAACUUGGGCAGCAGCUUCGAUAACAACACCGGCACCACCGCGAGCUCGGAGUUCGAUCUCCCGCUCCGGACGCUUGGGCGAUCGAUUGAUAAGCCCGCCAGCAACAGGAUGAGUAACAGCAACAACAGCAACUCGUCGCCGGCGUCGGUGGUGGCCAACGGCAAGAGCCGCAAGCUCAAGAGCCUGGUGGAGUGGACGACCAAGGGUGGCGGUGGUCAGCCGGCAAAUGGUGGUGGUGGCGUCAAGCACUUCUCCAAAGCUUGAUAUUAUUCUUCUUACAGGAAUAUACAGUGUGCGAGAAAGUACGGAAAGAAAGUGUAAGAAUUUUUGUAU